UUAAUGGUUCUAACCUUAUCCACUCCUUUAGAGAAAAUCCAAAAGAUCAAUGUUCCAUGCAUUGAAGAAAUAGGAUACCUUACCAAAGAUUUAUUUGUCUUUGGUUUAGACAUUGCUAGACAUAAAUUCUGUCAUCAAGUUAAAGAUGUUAUUGUUAUCAUAAUGGAAAUUGUCAAAUUGAAAAAGGCUUGUUCAUCAUCUAAUAGCUAAGCUAUAUUGGAAGAACAUAAUCAAACUUUGACAUGUCUAUAAAAUUCACUUGAUAUUGCUGAAGAUGCUCAUCAUGCAUAUAAUGCUUUUAUUCAAAAUGGAAUCACUGAUGAAUUCAUUGACUAGACAACUUCUAUUUAAUAAAAACUAGUCUCCACUUUGAGUAGAUGUAGUGCCAAGGCAAAAUUACUUGAAGACAUCUUCCCUGCUCAUUGUAUAACAGUCAUGAAUGAUAUGGCCAGAAAUGCUUUAUCUAUUAAAGAACAAAGACAUCAACCUUGGAAAAUACUUGAAGGAUUAGUUUCAAUUGGUGAAAAUUAUCAAGGUGCCAAACAACAUUGUCCAUUUAUGAAAUGAAC